AUUCAAAAUCAUCAUGCACCCCUUUUGUAGAUUUAAGAGAGAAAAAGCCGCGACUAUUCUUUCGCUCGUGGGUGCAGAAAGAGAAACAUUAGUACUUGUAGUAUCUGAGGGUUUUUAGAGUGAGAAAUAUAGAGAUGUCGCUGGUGGACUACGCUUCUUCAUCAGACGAAGAGGAAACAGAGGCUAGAGAAGAGAAGAGAGAAAGUUCACAAGCUCCCAAUAACGAACCAGAAGUUCCAAAGGACGAUCCACCACCGCUUCAACCUCCUCCUCAAGCCCAGAGACCAGGGCCAUCCUCAAAUCAACAACUAGGAAGUUAUUCUCAUCCAUCAGAGCCACCUGCAGUGAUGCUUCCUGAUCCUUCACUCCUCUUAAAUUCUCCUGCUAUUUCAUCUCAUCUGGUGAGUGGUUGGGACCACUCUUCUCGAGUUGCAGCUGCAAUGGCUGAAAGUGCAUCACGUAAGAGAGACACAAAUGGAUUGGCUUCUGCACUUCCACGUAGUAAAGUUCCAAGAGGGAAUUUGCCCCACUCGAGGAGUAUUCCCGAGACAGGUGGUGGUCUGCUAGUACCGCCUCAGCUUAGUGGAAGGAGCAAUGUCGUCACGGAAGAUAUAAGCAAGUUAUUUGUAAGAAAAAAUGCUGACCCCACGUCUCAGUAGAUCUCCAAAUUAUUGUUGUUUCUGUUUUGUUUUUCUGUAGCUUCAAAUUGUGGUAAUCUGUAAUCACAUUAAGGUAUUAAGGAUUUAGCUUUUUGUAAAAAUCCAACAAAUAUUCUCCAAUGCCAUAUAGAAAUUUAGUUCUUUCUCAACCUAGAUAGUCAGCAGCACAGAUUGUACUCACUGAAUUGACUGUAAUGUGGAAGUGUGCAAAAUGUGUGGCUAUGGAUUUUCAAGAAUGGUUCUCUCUCUCUCUCAGAGGAAUCAGGAGGGUAAACAUGCACAACACAUGCCCAUUGGGACAAUCAAGCCCAGGUAUGGGUGGACAGAGAACAAAUACAGUGUUUUGUGUUUUUAAGCUUUUCAGACUAUGACUUGUACAAAAGUGGUUUACUAUUUUAGCAGUAUGUUCUUAGUGAAGCAAACAUAUUUACAUUUA